AUAGUUUACACCAGAACCACAAUCCGACAGUUUACUAUUGGAUUUAGUUGAGUGUGACUCGUUGUUUAUAUUUUUGAAUUUUCCGCUAUAAUUUAAUAAGGAAUUUUAUUCUAAUAAAUUUUUUUUUUUUUUUUUUUCGUAGAUUCUUUUACAUAAAGUAACAAUUAGUCUUACUGAAAUUUAUAUAAAUAAAUAAUAAUUAAUAUCAAUAAUAAAUAUUUAAAUAAAAACCAUGGGUUUGCUAACUGAAGGUCAUCCACUCAGUUGGGAAGAAACAAAAAAACUUUCUCAGCACGUGAGAAAACAUGGAAUAUUACAGUUUAUUAAUUUAUAUAAAAAAUUGAGGGACAGAGAAGGUGAUGUACUUAAGUGGGGCGACGAGGUCGAGUACAUGCUAGUUAAAUUGGACGAUGACAAAAAAACGGCCAAGUUGAGCCUGAGAUCGUAUGAACUUAUGGUGAAGCUCAAUGAGAAGGAGCAGGCAAACCCUAGCGGAGUAAAAUGUUUGUGGAGACCAGAGUUCGGUGCUUAUAUGAUUGAAGGUACUCCAGGUCAGCCCUACGGAGGUUUGCUUGCUCACUUUAAUAUCGUGGAAGCCAACAUGAGACACCGGAGGCUGGAGGCUGAGGAACAGCUCAAGUCUGGAGAAGUAUUGAUGACGUUCACUAAUUUCCUGAGAUUGGGUUGUCCUAAUUCGACUGAGCCACCAGCGAAACCUACACCCGACGAUGGGUAUCAAAGGAGUCUAUUUCUUCCCGAUGAAGCUGUUUUUCCAGGUCAUCCACGUUUCAAGACACUGGCUACCAACAUUAGACAGCGUCGUGGGGAAAAAGUAAUCAUCAAUGUGCCCAUCUACAAAGAUGAAAAUGUUCCAAAACCAUUCCGUGAAGAUUUAUCAGCUCUAGGAGACGACGGACGUAGUGCAAAAGUGGCUAAAGAUGAUCACAUUUACAUGGACGCGAUGGGGUUCGGUAUGGGAUGCUGCUGUCUGCAAGUGACAUUCCAAGCAAGUAAUAUCCAAGAAGCGCGUACUCUAUACGACCAAUUGACACCCUUGUGUCCCAUAAUGUUGGCUCUGACAGCUGCAAGUCCAGUGUACCGGGGCUACCUCGCAGACAUCGACAGCCGGUGGUUCGUUGUCUCAAACUCCGUCGACUGUCGCACCAAAGGCGAGCGGGGUCUUGAGCCACUCAAAGACGGCGAGUUUGUUAUUAAAACUUCGCGUUACGGCUCCGUCGAGUCUUAUCUCAGCGAGCAGGGUGACAAGUACAACGACACCCAACUGCUCUACGACAAAGAGGUAUACAAGCAGCUGAUGGACAACGGGAUUGACCGUCUCCUGGCGCAGCACGUCGCUCAUUUAUUUAUUCGCGACAGUAUUUGUCUCAUGUCCACGCAACUGGACCAGAAUGAUGAGACCGAUACUGAUCACUUUGAGAAUAUACAGUCAACAAACUGGAGAUCAAUGCGUUUCAAACCACCCCCGCCAAAUUCAUCAAUCGGCUGGCGAGUUGAAUUUCGUCCUUGCGACGUACAAAUGACUGAUUUUGAAAACGCAGCAGUCGUUUGCUUCAUUGUCUUGCUGUCACGUGUGAUCCUGAGCUACAAUUUAAAUCUACUGAUGCCCAUAAGUAAAGUAAUUGAAAAUAUGUCUCGUGGGGAAAAGCGGGACGCGGUUAACAAACAAAAAUUUUGGUUCCGCAAAGACAUCGGCUCGGCGGAUGGAAAAGAUAAUUCACAGGAAGUUGAUGAGUGCGGCGAGUUUACUGUUAAUGAGAUAAUAAAUGGUAAAGACGGUGUCUUUGUUGGACUGAUACCGCUUAUUAACAGUUACUUGAACAGUAUGAAUGUAGACGUGGAUACUCAUUGCACAGUUCAGCGAUACUUGAAGCUGAUAAGAAAACGCGCGUCAGGUGAACUGAUGACCACUGCCGCGUGGAUAAGAAAAGAGGUAGUAAAUCAUCCCGAGUACAAAAAAGACUCAGUUGUCAAUGAGGCUAUUAAUUAUGAUAUUUUAAAAAGCGCUUACGAAAUUCAAAAGGGCGUUAAAUCAUGUCCGGAGUUGUUGGGUUUUUGCACGACUUCGAGAACAACUGAAACUAUUCCAGCCGCUAUUGCUAACGCUGAGAAAUAAUUAUUUAUUAAGUACUUGUGUUAAUUAUUAAUAUAAUAUUUAAUUUUGCAUUUUUCAUUAUUUUAUAGUGGCAGUAAAAAUAAUUAUUUUACUGUCAGUUUGAAAUUUUUUUUUUUAUGAAAAAAUUAUUCUUUGAGGUUUCUUAGUAAUAAAAUUUAAAAAGACAUAGAUUACUUAAUUAAUUGAUAGAUAAAUAUUUACUUAAAAACAUUUGUUGGAUUAUAUUUUUUAGGAAAUUUAUGGAUUUUUAUAAAAAAAAAAUUUACGGAAUUAUUUUAUGGGAUUUUUGAAAUUUUAUGAUAAAAAAAUUCAUACCUCCCUAAUGGAUAAAUAAAUCAUUGUAUCAAGUAUGAACUUUUUUUAUUAGUCAAGAUGAUUAAGAAAAUGGGCCAUUAUAAAUAAUGUACAGUCCCAAAAAAUCGAUUUGUUUAUUUUAUAAAAUUGAAUAUUUUUGUUUUUUAUUUAUAUCAAAGAGAAACAGGAUAUGUAGACGGAAUUGAAAACACUUCAUACUUUUUUUUUUAUAUAAAUAUGUAUAAAAAAUAAAUAUUUAAGAAUAAAUACAUUUAUAUACUUAA